AUGUCUUUCCUGAUCGCCAUCACCUCCACCAAGCGACAUAUCUGCCAGUGCUGCAAGUCAUUCACUUGUGACGGCUUGGGUAUUUCAUCCUAUUUCGGUCUCUCUGCAGCUCAGCCUGGAGCCCUGCAGGUGAAGAGGACUGUGGGGGAAUUGUUCAGUUUUCCUGUGGAAAUACCAAACCUGCAGCCAAAAACAGAAUUAAACUGGAGAUAUAGUUCUGUCAAGGCAUACGGUAUUAUUGCUAGAAUUCAGAACGGGAAGAUCGAUACUGAUUUUGAGGAGAGAUUCAAAACCAGGCUGCAGCUGGACAAUAUAACCAGCUCUCUCAGGAUCGUUGACUUGCAGACAGAUGACAGCGGGGUUUAUGUCGUGGAAACAGCAAGAGGAGAGCCCUUCGCAAGGAGUUUCCACCUGUCUGUUUACAUUUUGAAAAACCUUUUUUUCUCCACAGAUACUGUGCGAAAGCCCCGUGUUGGCAUGAAUCCUGAAAGGAUAUUGGGUAAAGCUUUUUGCGUUCUCCUGUGUUCUGUGGAGAAUGACAGCAACGUGACGCUCUCCUGGCUAAGAGGAGACGGGACUAUUCUGAAUAGAACAAGCUCUGUCAAUGAAACAACACUGGUGCUAUCACAAGGCAUAGCACAGGAUAAUGUCACUUACAUCUGUGUGGCCAGCAACCCAGUUAGCAAGCAGAAUAAAACCGUUCCUGCUGCUUCCCUUAAUUGUCAGAAGAAAGGUUCCGGACCUCGCAACCUGCCUGAAUGGGUUAUUCCAUGUGUCGUGCUUGCUCUGCUGGGUCUCACAGCAGUGCUGAUUUUAGCUGUGGGCUUCAAAAGAAAUCCGAAGAGAGUUUUAAGUGAAGGCAGGUAACCUUUUCCCACACCUUGUUAAACAUCUCCAAAUAGGGCAGCUUCUACAGUUUAACUUAAUGAUAACGGUUUAUGAACUGUCCUGUUUGGCUACUGGCUUGCUGGCAUGAGGGUGACUUUUGUGCCCACAGGGUUAACAAAGAAGUUUUUUUGGCAAAAAAGGGAGCAAUUCAUCCCUUGGCAGACUGGAGGAUAGUCGAGCACCGAGAGACAGCGAGAGAAACUAACCCUCCCCACUGGUAAUGCAGCCUAUGGGCGGCCCGGCAACCAGCAGAUUCGAGCCGGGAAGGGCAUAGCGCCCUGCACUGAAGGGAGUAGCUCCUAGUAAAACCUGGAAUAUGGGAAACUGCUAUGCAACAGGAGUCUUAUUUCUGUCCCUGUAACUUAGUGUAGUGCCAGGUUUCUUUCAAACCUGCAUGUCAGAUCUAUAUAGGCAAUGGAGCGAACAAGAGAUCAGGGUUUUUUUUACAAAUAUAAGUGAUCCCGUUUCUGAAUAUACAGAAUAUGUGAGUUCAGUUUGCACUUGAAAAGCCACGGAAUGAAAUUACACAAGCAAGGCAUUUUUUUUAAAUUCGCAGAUAGUUAACAGCUAAGAUGCUGAAAUGAAAUCCCUGAUGAGAGGGAUUUAAUUAAUCUGGGUUCCUGCCUGUGGCUCUUGCAGCAAGUAGCCAAGCUGGGCUAAAAAAAAAAAAGAGAACGAUUCAGAAAUAAAAAAAAAAUAAAUUAAAAAAACAUAGUAAAUUCAAUGACAAGGGUUUUGCCGAGAAGUCUUUCUCAGUGUCUUCAGUGAAAAUUCAGUGUCACUCUCUCAAAUCCACAUCUGGUCGAAACGCCUGUCGCUGGAUUUAUAAAGGUUCUUUUGGUAUCUGUAAAAAUCAGCAGGGACCUGCAGGGCUGGCCUUUGUCCUCCAGGGGGUGGUGUGGAGCUCCUGGGUGUAAAGAGACGAUUGGCUUGGAGACUGGAGGACACCCCACUGACCUUCAGCUCUCCAGAGCUGUUGAGGGGAGUGUCGCGGGGGGGUGGGGGUGGUAAUUAGACUUUCUAAAAUCUGGGAGUAAAAACAAUAUUGACACAUCUUUUGUAAACGCCCCCCCCUCAAAAAAACAAAACACUGAUUCAAACUGAAAGGCUUUCAUAAACCAGGCCCAGUGUAGAGUCACGAGAGGUGCUGACUGUCCAUGUCUUUAUUUAAAGGUUUCAUGUUGUCCCAAACCUCGGAUGAAGCCGAGUACACAGAGAUAAAGCCACAUCAGCCUUCCGCAGAGAAUCAACAGGACAUACAAGAACUGGCUGCAAGUCAGCAAGCGAAAGCCAAACUGACCACUGUUUACAUCGAAAUCCCCCUGAAAACAGGCUACGACGAGAUCCGCCCAGCGAGAUCCCAGAAUGCACUGUGCUGAGCAAGGAAGCAGGUGGCUUAAUUUAACAGCAGGCCUACAGCUGCUCCCAUCCUGAGUCACGCAAGUAGAGAGGAACCUCAAGAGGAACGGAGGACAGUUUGGGAUCAGGAGUCCCGUUUUACAUUAGAGUGCUCGUUAAACUGGUUAACACAAUGUUUACCACUUAGAGAAAAUACAAA